AUGCCUUUCUUUGAGGAGGAUCUGGACCGGACCGAGUCCGCCGAAAGGACGGAAAUGCCGCCACCGCCUGGGUUUCACAAACCACAGCAACUUUCAAUUUCCAGCCGAAACGCCGCAAGAAGACUCUCGGAUGAAAGCAUAAGAACGGAACUAUGUGAAGGCCCAACGUUCGAGCACCCUAGACUGGAGGACCCCGAACAUGAAGCAUACAGCACAUGCUCCGACAGAACAGAACUGAUUGAGAGACUGAAGCGCGGCGAGAGUCCGACUUGGGUGCCCAAUAGACUUGCUAACCAACAACCACCGCCUCAACCCAACAGGAGACUUGUCGACGACCAGCUAGAGUCAAUCUGGACCCAGCGACCUGCAGCACCCUCUCCAAAUCCCAAGCCCUCGGAUGGCUCGCCUGGCCUUCUGCCUGCGCCGACCGUCACGCCCGAAAAACGAGACGCGGAAUCCGAAGACGAGAGAAGACUACGAGAAGGCUUGAACAUUGAGAGACCUCGAUCGGCCCUCCAUAGCGGUGACUUUACACAGGCGGACUCGCCGAGAGGAAGAAGGACGACAGAAGGCAGGAGGAGCAACCAUGAUCGGGAUGAGGGUUUCCGGAAACCAAGCAGUCAACCAUGGCUUGCGACGUCGCCUCCACGGGAUUUCGCACCUUUUCAGUUCGAGAAGAGGCAGGCCACCGUAGAAACGACAGAUGCGCACCGUCCUGGUAUCUCAUCUCUCUCGUCGUCUUUAUCUUCGACGAGCUUCGUAUAUCAGCCACCCACAAGCCCGCUUGUUCAGUCAGAAAGCCAUGAGGAUCUCGAUCUUCCUAUGGACGGUAUCAACCUCAGCUCGAGCAUCACCAGGAGUUCCCGUCGGCACACGCUGAUGUCCAGUUAUUCAGGCUCGCAUAGUUCCUAUUCUCCGAACCUGAUGCCCGUGCGAGCACCCUUUCUUCGACAGGAGAGAACAUAUCCAUACCAGGCACAUCAGCCCCGAAGAUCACUCACAUCCACGCCCAACGUCGCUCUCACAGGCACUUCGCCACAAACACCAGCGUACCUCCGGUCACGGCGCCCUUCGUAUAGCUCAGAAUCGUCGCCAGUGCAACAUGCCUCCAUGGUUGGCUCCUACGAAGAAAGUAUUCUUCGAGGACGCAUGUCCACAACACCUUCUAAGCCGUUGGACUUUGUCGCCCAAAUAGGGGUUCUGGGUAUAGGAAAGUGCAAACCAAGUCUCCGAUGCCCUGCCCAUGUAACGCUGCCAUUCCCUGCGGUGUUCUACAGCUACGCUAUUUCCUCCGUUAGCCGGUCGAAAAGCGAGGAUGGCCCCAGUCCUUAUGUUGGCCAGAUUGAUCUGGAAAACGGCUUGCCAAACCAAGAAGAGGAAGCUCGAUCAAAACGCAAGAACCAUACUCGAGCCCAAGAGCGAAAAUCAACAGAGGAUCUCCCAGAGGAUGGGGAUCUGCUCGCAGAACGAGUUGCCAGAGACGCUCGUAGGUCACAGAAACAAAAAAGGAGGUCGGGGUCGCCAAGGGCUCCUCCCGGCGGAAGCUAUCGUAUCCCAGAAAAGGGACAAAUACAGAUCAUCAUUAAGAAUCCCAACAAAACGGCCGUGAAGCUUUUCCUGGUUCCUUAUGACCUUGCCGGAAUGGAGCCAGGAACGAAGACCUUUGUACGGCAGCGUAGCUACUCGGCUGGCCCGAUUAUUGAUAAUUUACCCGAACUCAAGGACUCGAAAGCUGCUGACCGACCGACACUACGCUACCUGAUACAUUUGCACAUAUGUUGCCCUUCGCGUGGUCGGUACUACUUGUACAAGAGUAUCCGCGUAGUGUUUGCGAAUCGUGUACCAGACGGGAAAGAAAGACUACAGAAUGAAAUAACAUUACCUGACCCCAGGUACACUGCGUAUAAGCUGAUUAGAGUAAUGCAUCCGCCUAUGGGCGUAGGAAGCGGUCCUGGAGCAAGCUUGGCUGCAGAAAAGGCCUUCAGGCGACGGAGCUCAGGAUUUUACUUUGGUGCCUCCAGUCAAGCUUUCGAUGCUCCUCCUGAUGGCCUUGUGCCAGAAUCGACCGCGCCUCGACAGUAUUUAUCCCUUAGUUUCGGGGGUGGCAACGACCCUGUCGAUGUUAUGCCCUUCCGUUUCCCCCAGAGGCAGCAGAUAAGUGAUGGUCAAACUGAUCUGAGCAUUGUCACUGGGAAUAGUCAGAUGGAUGUUUGGUCGACUGGUUCCUCGCAGCUGAGUCGCCCUACAACUCAGGACUCGAACAAUAUUUCAGGUCUUGGCGGGUCGGUCGGUCAACUUGAUAGAUAUGACAAGUUAAGCAAGGGUGAUGUUGGUUACGGGGGAAAUCCCUUUUCGAACUUGAUCAAUGGGAAUCCAGGCACAGCGGAAAGCCUUCUAUCCCAAAGACUAAGGACACUCGGCGUUGAGGGUCAAAUGUUGCAAGAUUCAAACGACAUGGAACAAUAG